GAGAAUUACUUCAUGACCCCUGCUCAGAGGGUGCCUACCUCGACAUUUUUUGUCCCCUCUUUGUGGAGGAGAAACCAGCUGCAUGUUCUCUGAAAUCUCUGUCUCUGCAGAUGCAAAUUUAUCCGCUGUGGUGAUUUUAUUCUCUUCCAGCACACCUGGAAAUAUGAAUGACACCCAUGGCAAGAGCAAUAUCAGCACUAUUGUGGAACUGUUCCAGCUCAUCACAUACACCCCCACAUUUACCCUGGGAUUGCUGUUCAACGUGAUGGCUCUGUCGUUCCUGUUUUUUAAAGUUAAAAAGCUGUCAGAAUCUACAGUCUACAUGAUAGCCCUUAUUUUCCUGGAUACUUUGCUGCUGUUUACUCUUCCUUUUAAAAUCAUUUCCUAUCACCUUCAGGACCACUGGAACUUGGGGUCUGUAUUUUGCUCCACCUUGGAGAGCCUUUACUUUGUAAACAUGUAUGGCAGCAUCCUCAUCUCCCUCUGCAUCUGUGUAGACCGAUACAUUGCUAUCCAGCACCCUUUCACAGCUCCCAUCCUGCGAUCCACCAAGAAAGCUGCUAUGGUCUGUGCUGUCAUCUGCCUGGGCACUUCAGCUGGGACGGUCUGUACUUUCCAACUGCAUGGAAAGGGCCAGAACAUCUCAUCCUGCUUCCAUAAUUUCUCCAAGAGCACGUGGGAAAAUGCAGGCCUGUUAAGCGCCUUGGAGACCAUCUUCUUUGGCAGCAUGGCAGCCAUGACCUUCUGCACUGCUCAGACCAUCAGGUGCUUGAGAAAGCACAGAAAAACAGGCAACCCCCAAACACAUAUCACUAGGGCAGAGAAGAUAGUGGUGACAAACCUUGUUGCGUUUUUGGUCUGUUUCACACCGUACCACGUGGCAUACUUGGUGUACUUUUUGGUGAAGAAUAACAUAAUUCACACCAGUUUUCAGCAAGUGUUACGAGAUAUCAUUCAGAUCACCCUUUGCUGGGCAAACCUGAACUGCUGUCUUGAUGGGGUGUGCUAUUAUUUUGUUUUAAAGGAGUCCUUGGAAGACCCAUUACAAAAUAGUGAAAAAACAGCCACGCGAAAGCCUUGAUCCAUAUGCUGCAUGUUAGUUACUUGGGAUGAUGUGUGGAGAGGUUUUUGUGGGAAGUACAUACUUCAAAUAUUCAGGUCUGAAAAGAUUUCAUAAAAAACAGAACUGCCCAUUCCCAGGAGACAGGUCCUAACUUUUUUUAUUUCCUUCCAUAACGUUUUGUGUUUGCAUUUUCAGGUAAAAAGAAAUUGAAUUGUUCCUAUAAAUGGUGAUGCAUAUCUCUUUGGAUGUGAUUCCUCUUUACUUUGAAAAAAAUUAUAAAAUAAAUUGUUCACUCACAUGUGGCAGACUUUUUCACC